CAAGCUUUUCCUACAACAUAGACUUCCGAAAUGGCAAUGGCUGAUGAGCAUUGGCUCAAUCGAUACGGCAAUGGCUACUACGCCUGGAAAUUAGCAGAUCAGAAUGGAAGACGAAGUCUCGAGCGCCCAAUUGGACUGCUAGAAACCUCUUUCGAUACCGAUGGACGAUAUUUUGGCGGUCGCGCAGACAUUACGGCGCUGCUUUCGGUGCGUGUAAAACAUAGACUUGGAAAAGAAGCUUUCAGACGGAGGAUCACGCUCGCGUGGGCGAAUUUGCGACUAAGACAUGUUAUGCUUAUGAGUCGCACGCUGUUCGAUGAAGAAUCGAGACAGCGAAGAUUCGUUGUUGAUGUGCAUGACAACAUGGAAGAGGCGCUCGAUGAUGUUCUGCAAAGUGUUGUGUGGGUCGAUGAUUACUACGAAGAGGUGGACGCAAUCGAGAUGUAUCGCCACGCCCUCAGCGUGGGUCGUAUUGUCGACCCUCAGAAGUGCUUGUCCAAAUUACACGUUCUGCCUUUGGUGGGAAGCCCUGACGGUAGCUUCGAGCUGAGAUUCUUGAUCGUGAUGGCGCACCAAAUCUCCGAUGGACUGUCAUCGUACAACUGGUUCAGCGAUUUCCUCCGCAUACUCAAUCUAUCCGAAGAAGAGCUAGAAAGCGAAAUUACUACAGGCAUGCAGGAAGAGGCGAUAAAAUCGAAGCUCCCUCCCGCACAAGAAGACCUCUACCCCCGCGUCGCCAGCACCAAAGCGCGACAACGCUGGUUCUGGGCUAUCACACACGUCCUCCGAUACCUUCGCAAACCCACCCUCCAAUCAUUCCCCAACCCGCUGAAACGAGCCCACCGCCUCCACCAACCCACCACCUUCCCCCCAACCUUCUCAAAAAUCUUCGAGUACGACCCUGCCUUAGCGCCGCCCCUAACCUCCAACAUCCUCAACGCCGCCCUCUCCCCCGCCGCCUCAGCGCGCAUGAUGUCCCUCUGCCGCUCCAUCCACGUCUCCAUCGGCGCGGGCUGCUUCGCGCUCGCGGGGCUGGCUAUGAUGGCUAUCUACGAAGAGCGCUUCCCGCACAUCCCGGAUGCGCAACGCCUUCCCUUCGCCUCCGGUUUCCCGCUCAAUCCCCGCGCAUUCUUCGGCUGGAACACGCCCGCGGACAGUUGUAUGCUAGCCUUCUCGGAGGGGAUAGUGAUGCCGUUUCUCCCGUCGGAGCUGCCGGUUGAGGGGCGGUUUAAACUCGUUGCUGCUCAUGCGAACCGUGAGUUGAAGAUGUAUCAGAAGCGUGCUAAGGGGAAGGGAGGGGAGGAUGGGGGCAGGGAGAGGGGCGCGUGGGAGCCGCAUGAUCUUAGAAGACUGUUGGCGAAUGCGUAUCUGAACGCCAUUGAGCGCUCGGAUUCGAGACUACCAAAGGAGUUGAAGUGGGGUGUCACGCCGCACGGCAGUUUGGCACCGCCGGCUUCCCAGUUCAGGGCGACGUGCGGCGUGUCGUCGAUUGGGAGGACGGCGCAGUGGCUUGCUACGGGUACUUACUCACUUGAUAUUGUUGGUGAUGGGAAGGAGGAUAAGGACUUUGCGGCGGACGUAUUGGAUUUUAAACAAGGGGUUCGGGCGAGGGAUGAGGAGUUUUUGGUGGGGACUAGUACGGAUGCGGAGGGAAGGGUGAGGUUUGGGGUUAGCUAUGAUGAGAGUGCGAUUUGUGAAGAGUGGGUGGGGAGAUGGAGGGACGUUGUUGAGGGAUUGAUGGAGGGUGGGGAGAGACAGGCUAUGGCUAAGAUAUGA